AUGAUGCCCAUGCAGCGCUCCUUGUCCUCGCCUGUCUGCACACGUUCCUCUCCCCCCGUGUCACCCACCGUUGCACACAUCUCGACCUCUCCCACCCCGUCGCCCGACGGCCAUGCUACCGCUCCCAAGCCUAGGCGCCAACGGUCGCGCAGCCCGUCCCGUGCGUCCGACGCCACCCAGAUUCUACCGCUGCGACGCGGCGAGGAGCCCCAGCGCCGCGGCCGCGCCCAUCGCCAGAGCCCGACGGCGACGUUUCGACGCCCGCUUGUCGCACAGCCCACGACACCCUCGCCUGCCGGCGCCCGCCGCGAUGUCAGGGACCGGUCCGCCACGCCUCCCCGUGCCCAGGCCGACAAGAUCCCGCAGGCCCGGUCCAAGCCCCUGUUGGACGACCUUUCCCUGUACACGAACCCGCAUCUAACCCGCGACAACGAGAGCACCACGCUCGAAGAGCUGGCCCACGUCGUCCGCCUGUCCAAAUACCAGGAGCGCAAGCGCGCCAACACCCGCAUCCGCUUACAUAGGAGCCUAGUCUCUACCGCCCUCAGUGCCCGGCUGACGAGAUGCGGCGAGAUUGCUCACCGCAACUUGGUUGACAACUUUCGCAAGGAUGACAAGGAUAGCUUCGCCCUGCUGUACAAUGCCAUUCACGAUGUCCGGAAGAGCUGCGACGAGCUGCGUCGAUACGCGCUGCUGGAGCCCGAGAUGGAGUCCCUUUCCUCCCCGGCCUUGGCUUCCUCUGACAGCUUGGACACGCCGACUAAUUCCGUAAUCGGCGUCGGACCGCUUCGCUCCAUUGCCCCCUUCCUGCAUGAUAUAUCUGCCUCGGCCAGAGAAACGUUCCUUGAUUUCUUGUCCCAGCUUCGCACCAACCCGGACUACUUGGCCACCCGGAUAUGCGCACUAACUAGCUCCGAGCUGAACGCGUUCCUCAGCUUCCACAAGGGCCUGGAGCCGGUUGAGUCGGUGCUACCCUUCCAUGGUCGUUCUGCCACCCGCUCCCACUCUGGCGCAUCUGGACGCAACGGGCAUAAUGCCGACAUUGAGCGGCUGCUUUCCUUCCAGCGGCACGACCCGCUGUCUAUCCUGAUCCAUACUUGCUUUGCUAACUCGGCGGGGCCAGACAGCUCAGAGGACCAGCGAAGGACCGAUAUCUGGUCCACCGUCUUGGCAAGGCUUAUCCAGCAGCCCAAAUCGAGCAGUGAGCAUUUUCUCAUAUCCGUCUUGAACAUUUGGACUGCCAUGCGGGAAUGGUCCGGCAAAUCCAACAUGGAGUGGUAUCUCAUGAAGAUCCUCGAAGACGGCGCUUUUCUUCUGGACAGGGCCGAGGACCAGCACGGAACCAGGUUCAACCUCUCGGAUUGGAACCAGUCCGACGAACUCGCCGCCAAGGCCUUCUAUGACAAGGCCGUGGACGAGCUCUUCGAGCUCGUGGAUGACGAAGACGCAACUGGCAUACCCGAAGGCCUGCUGGAGCUCGGCAACGCCAUCAUCACCAAGCUUGACAACAAAUACGUCGAAAACACGUCCAAAUGGUUUGUUUGGAGAUGUCUCUUCUUUGUCUUCCUCCUCGGAGUCAUUGUCCAUCCAGAGUCGUACGGUAUGCUGGCCGAAUAUCACAUCACGCCCUAUGCCCGGGAGAAGAUCUUGAAAAAGGUUGCCAUGAAGGCCCAUGAAUACGUUUCCAGCAUGUGGAGCGGUAAGCCUUCGGCCACCUGUGUCCCCGUCCAGGUACCGCCCAAGAUCAAGGCCCACGUCGAAGGGAUACUGGCCAGAUUCCAAGGCGCACGGUCCAAGGUGCCCGCUGCCAAGCUGCUUCCCGCCAGGUCCAUCACGUCUUUGAGAGAAACCGUCGAGGUCCAUCCAUAUUUGGUCAUCAGCCCCGCGGACUUGCUGACUUUGGUGAAUGCCCUGUUCCCUGAGAAGAGACCACUCUCGGCCGGCUCGAGCAUGCGGUCCGGCCAGGCUUCCAUUUCUGGCUUGUCGGCCAUCUCACAGCCCAUAGCCAUGGCGGGUAACAGGGCCAACUUCGAGACAGCGUCCAUUAUAAGCACGAGCGUCUCGUCGGCGCUCAGCGAUGGCGCCGCUUCUCGCGAGGGCCUUUCCGAUGACCACAAUACGGCUACACCACAACGCUAUAGCCCCCCGUCCGUUGACCCCGAGGCCCAAAGGCGCCUGAACAAGUACGAGGACGAUGGGUAUCGUCUGCGGCUUGCGCUUCACGAGCUGAGCCAGAACCUCGGGCCCGAGAAUCUCCGAGGAGCCUGCCACCCCUGCGCAGAACGGUGGGCUGUUCUCUUCAUAUCCUCUAAUGGGCGUGCGUUGUCUAUGAACAUGACCUAUGAUCCAGACGAUGAGCGUGAUGAAGAGGAUAAUUCCUCGAGCGUCGACACGGAUGACGAGGAUGGCGAGAGCGGCCCAGAGCUCGACAAGGACUACCACCAACUCCGAGACUCCAUCCUCAGGCUGGUUGAGGACUACGAGAUACCACGCAGCCUAGAACCCGACAGCGAGAGGGCUCAACUGAGCAAUCGAGCUUCGAGGCUCAAGAGGUACAAGUCGAAGACAAAGAUCAUCACCCCAGAGAAGACAAUGUCAAGCAGAAAUCCGUACCGAAACCACGUGGCCAAGGAGCCCACCCCGACUGCCGCGGACGGCGUUGACGACGAUCUGGAUCCCGUCCUAAUCACCAUGCUCAAGGCCGCUUCCGCACGGUCCAAGGCUCAGGCGGACUUUGUCUCGGCCCACGCAUACUGGAAGACCCUGAAACAACUCAAUGCGUUGGGCUCGCAGUCUCUCCGUGAGAAUGGAUUCGCCGUACUCAUCAACAUAUUUUCCCGUGGGCCCAAGGACUCGAUACGUAGGUCUGCGGCUGCCAUUGAGGAGUACGAUGCGUGGCUGGUUUGGCUCAAGCAGAGCCAAGAGCGGCAUGAGGGCCUCAUCGACCAGAUGAUGAAACGCGUCCGGGCUAUGCGAGACAAGAUGUGGUUUGUCACGGAUGUCCGGAACUCCAGAGAGUACGCACACAGCCGCGAUGUCUGCCAGGCGCUCAAGACAAUGGGGAUGCCCAGGCGGUGGAGCUCGUUUCAACGAUCGCGGACAAACACUGCUCGCGGGCACAGCGCCUCCUACCUCUACCGCACCGAAUCGCAGGUCAUGGACCUCUUGGCAGCCUCUGAAGAGCAGGGCGGGCCGAACAAGCUCAGCGACGACCAAGCCGAGAAGACUGCGCUGUGGCUCCAGCAGUACAAUGUGGAAAACUUUUGUCAGGGCGAAGAAAGAAUCCACCGGUUCUGCUGUGAGGUCGACCGCUGCAUAUCGCAACUGAUUGGCGAAACGAUCCGCGAGGCGCCGGUGCUGUGGUCGAGCGAGCUGUACAAGCGCGAUAAGAUCGUGUACGACCGGAUGCGAAUUCGCGAGCGCGAGCAGACCGCCGCAGCGGACGACAAUUCGAGUCUCCUUAGCGACGGUGACCGCCGCUUCCACUCGUCCUUGAACCGUCAUGGCGCGUAUGCGCGGGAUCUCAGGGGCGUUAGCAGCCCGCACCAUCAUGACUCGGCCCGCGCUGGUGGCCACAGAGCCGGCGCUCAUCUUUCCGACAUCGUGGACGGCCAGGAAUACUUUGAGAAGGCAUCGCCAAUCCAUACCAUUGACUCCGCCAGCACGUUCUGGUCACCAUUUCAACCUGCCAUGUCCCCCGGCUCGAUGGCUUCGCGAGCCUACUCUCCAACGACCAGCCUCACCAACCUCUCGACGACGUUUUCGGGACCACUGUACCACUCACAGCUGCCAUCAAGCUCCAGUGUUUCUUUUGGGCGACCGACCACAUCGGCGUCGUCCAACGAGACUGUCUUCCCCCUGAGAGCUGAAGACGAAAAGAGCCGCUUUCUGAACGAGCUGAGGCAGUCGGUAACGAGCUUAUUGCUGUCCGACCUUGGGAACCUUGUACUUGCCCGGGGAUCCGAGACAGACGUCUGGUUCGACAACCUUGGUCAGCAGUGCAUCGAUAGGAAAGAGGCGCUCGAUCGACGUGCCCGCCGCCGGUCCGAGAGAAGGGACAAGGAAAGGCAGAGCAAAAGCUCUCCUAGGCCGAGGGUCAUCGAGAAGAAGAAGAGCUGCAACAACCUGCGCGGCGUUGGAGACGGAACAGGCGAGCGCUCUUCAGCCACACCCGAAAUAACGGCGAAAGUCGAGCAUGAUCCCCAAACUCUCGGCAGUGGUGAUGGUCAUGGCUGGCCGGUGCCAAAAGAAAGUGCUCCCGACUUUCCGUUCAAGAAGGCGUUUCAAAGACUACUCAACAUGUUUUCCGUCCACCCGAACCCUUAUGCCAAGCUCAAUGCGCUCAACGAGCUGGAGCACCUCAUCGUGGCAUCGUUGCUGUCCAACGGGUCGAAGAGAAUGAGAGCGAGUCGAUCAGAUGCUGGCUCGAGCGUUGUUGAAGAUGGCGGAGGCACCAACCGCCAUGCGCAACUGGAAGGCACAAUCGAUAACGUCAAGGAGCGCCGCUCCCAGGCUCUGCAAUCGGCUCUCCCGUCGACGGGCCUGGUCUACCAGUCUCGCCAGUCUAACUCGGAAACGCGCUCCAUCUUGUCGGGGGGUGCGACGAAUACGGAUGCAAUCACAAAGGAACUGCAGAUGCUCUUUCGCGAUCCGUCCAUUCGGCCAAAGUCUUUGUUCCGCGACCUUCAGAUGAUUGCUUCUUUUGUCCCACCCAGCAUCCUAGACAGAUCGGACAAGGGCAAGGCGUUUUGGAACACGGGGUUGGCGGCUCUGAAGGUGAAGUCGGAGGUAUGUCGGACCAUGGUGGAGAUGGCCGACGAGAUUAUCGCCGCUCGUGCGCACACGCGCAAAUCGGCAGGGGAGGGGGGCGUGCCCGUGGCAGAGGCGGUCCCUUCUGCGACGGGCACACCGCCGCCUCCGUCAAGCACAUACAAGCUGGACGAUGCGGGCAAGAUGUGGGCGAUCACAGCCAAGGAGGGGUACGCAACGGCGCAGCGUGAGCUGGCUCUCUUCUACCUGGCGAACCCCGAGUUUGUGGAGAGGACGACGCUCCCGCUGUCCAAACCCAGGGAGGUUUUCAAGCAGGUCGUCAUGGAGAAGUACGGACGCAGUGAACGAGUGCGAGGCAACAUGGGAGGGCCUAACGUGGGCGGGAUGGGCGGUGGCAGCGGAGCCAUGCGCCCACAAGGCGUUUCGGCCAACCCCGCAGACGGGCCAGCCAUGGGCACCAACGAAGGGGACGUCAGGAACGACGCGGGCCUCAUGUGUGUGGCGGUGCACUGGAUGGAAGCAGCCGAGCAGGGCGGCGACGAGCUGGCGACGAGCUUCCUGCGGCAGAACGAGUUUGCGGGUCUGCCUUGA